AUGAGGUUUGAGGAGAUCCUGGACGAUGUUGGCGGCUUCUCGAGGUUCCAGUUCCUGCUCCUGUGCAUUCUGUGCCUCCCCCGCGCCAUCCUCCCCCUCCACUUCCUCCUGCACAACUUCGUCUCCGCGACACCUCCUCACCGCUGCGCCCUCGAGAGCCCGGAGGACGGCGAAAGGAUGCUGCAGAGCUCCGACCCCGAGGCUCUCAGGAUCCCCCGCCGGGACGACGGGUCCUUCAGCUCCUGUAGAGUCUACGACACCCCGCUGACCUUUGACCUCGAACAAACGAACAGGACGGCACCUUGUCCACAUGGCUGGAUCUACGACCAAUCACAGUUCAGCUCCACAACUGCCACCGAGUGGGAUCUGGUGUGUGACAACAAACAUCUGAAUCAAGCUCUGGCUACCUACUUCUUCCUCGGGGUCACGCUUGGAGCCAUUCUGUUCGGGCAGCUUUCCGACAAGUUUGGAAGGAAGUCCACGCUCCUGGUGGCUUUGAUCAUGGCCACCAUGCUGGGAGUCACCUCGGCCUUCUCCACCUCCUACGUCAUGUUCGCCGUCAGCAGAGCGCUCUGCGGCAUGGCGCUCAGCGGGCUCUCGAUCAUCGGGGCGGUCCUCGGUAUCGAGUGGACCGACGUGAAGCACCGGACCUUCUCCGGCACCAUCAUCAGUCUGUCGUGGAGCCUGGGGAACAUGUUCCUGGCCCUGCUGGCCUACUACAUACGAGACUGGAGACACCUGACGCUGGCGGUGACGGCACCCUGCGUCGCCGCCAUCGUGGCCUGGUGGUGGCUGCCUGAGUCGGCACGCUGGCUGCUGGCCAACGGCAGAGUGGAGGAAGCCAAGAAGUAUCUGGUUCGGUGCGCUGAAAUGAACCGAAAGAACACGUCCAAGCUGGAAACCGAGGUUCUGCGGAAGGCGACGGUGUCCGAGGUGGCCGAGAAGAACCACUCUUACCUGGAUCUGGUCAAAACGCCGCAGCUGAGGAAGAUCACCCUCUGCUCCGGAUUGUUCUGGUUCGCCGUCGCCUUCCUGUACUACGGGAUCAGCUUCAACAUCUCAGGUUUCGGCGUCAGCAUCUACCUCACACAGUUCAUUUACGGCGCCAUCGAAGUUCCCGCCAAAAUCCUGACCUUCUUCAUCCUGAACUGGAUCGGCCGGCGGAACAGCCAGGCGUGGUUUCUGAUGACGACGGGGGCUCUGAUUGGAAUAAACACGGCCAUACCUUUAGAGUUCUCGAUGCUUCGGACGUGCAUCGCCGUGGUGGCGAAGGGUUUCUCGGAGGCGGCGUUCACCACAGCGUUCCUUUACUCGGCUGAACUCUUCCCAACUGUCCUCAGGCAGUGCGGUAUCGGCUACACCUCGUGUGUCUGCCGGAUCGGGAGCUCGCUGGCUCCGAUGGUCAUGCUGCUGGAGGACGUCUGGCUCCUGCUGCCGCCGCUGAUCUUUGCCGGGACGGGCAUCAUCAGCGGCAGCUUGGUCUUCAUCCUCCCAGAGACGCUCAACGUCCGUCUGCCUGAAAACAUCUUCGAUGUGGAGGAGGGAAGACACAGACAACACGAUGCAAAUGGAGAUGCAAUGAUGGAGCUGGAGAGAAUACUCUCUAAAGGCACAAGAGCGUCAGAGGAGAAGUGA